CGGAGCACUCGCAGGGGCGCCUUUGCUGAUCAGCGCUAGUUGCUUCACCUAGACUGGUAUAGAACGGGAAUUUUUGAAGCGCUAAUAUGUAGUCAUCUGAGAGUAAAGAAUUUUCCUGUCCCAUUAGUUGCCUACCGGUACAUCUCUCUUCGUCACUCCAAGGAUUAAGGUUGAGAAUUUCCAAAAUCGUCUGCCGUUCAUUGUGAGCGAAGGCUUUCAACUCUACCCGCCCAUGUUGAUAGAUGCAACCAACUUCCGCUUUGGUGUCAGAGCCAGUCAUUUGUGAAUCUGUCCUUCCGAUCCAGACUGACCGGCAGUUAUCGAUGCUGAUGGUGUUUUGCUGCCCGCUCGAAUUCUCCGACGAUGAUGUCACCGCCGCGCCUGCAGAAACUUCGCCACACAAUCGUGGCUUAGCGAGGCGCAGCACUCGGCCAUCGCCGACGCCGAAGGGUGGGAGAGCCACAACUGCUCUUCUCUUCUUCCUCUCCCAUAGGCAGCUUUAUUCUCCGCUGUCUUCCUGCUCCUCUCACCUCGGGAUACAGUGCAUGCACUACGCUCUGCUUUUCUUUUUUUAUCAUCGUGAGUCCCAAUCAACAAACUUGCCCCAGUGGAGUGUCCCAUGUCUCCUCAGCUUGUCUUGUCAGUGCUGUAGCGACCUGUUCGGGCGAUGGAUGAUCAAUGUGAUGGGCUUUCUAGCUGCUAGUGCGAGCUGACGACGCGCUGACUGCUUCUGAUACUGCGGUUCUUGCUCGUUUGUCGUCGGGAGCCGACUCCAGCCGAUCAAGCGAUGCGCUCUGGCACCGGGCCCUCAACCGCCGUUCACGUUAAGCUCUGUACAUCCAUCGUGUUCGUCCAAUUAUCUCAUCUACGCAA